GGCGGGGCCGUGGCCGUGGCGUGUCACGGAUGUGAAAGGUCCUCGCAUCCGCCCGAAACUGGCCUCAGCCUCUUUCUGCCUGUAUCCUCUCUUCGCUCCAGACCGACCACCUGGGCUUGGGAAAGGCAGAGAGGAAGGGUGUGGUCUCUGGACUGCAGGGCAAGCCUUAGCCAAGCUUGUGUGGAGAACUUGUGGAAGCCACCUAUAAAUCCAUUUACUGCAUUUAUGGAGAAGCCUGCAAAUGAUGGAAGUCAUUCAGAAGAACUCUUUUCCCAUUGUGAAAGCAUGCCAGAGAAAGAGCAUUUACCACAGCAUGCCAGUGAAAAUCUUCUCAGCUGCCUAAAGCAGGACAUCUUAAAUGGGGAGACCGAAUUGGACGCAACAUUUAAGGAAGCCGAGUUAGCAACUUGUUCUAUAGAACUACUUUUGCCAUCAUUUAAGGACAUCAUUGAAGAGAUUAGUUUUGAAAAUGCUAAUCUUUCUGCAUCCGAUUUGAAGAUUUCUAAACAGAAGGAUAUAUUAACAAAAGAAUUACACACUUUUAAACGUGUAAAACAAACUUUAGAACGUCACCUUAGAAAGACAGAAUACCAACAAAGAGGGGACAGUUUACCCAACUUGUUGGAGAAGCUAGCUGAUAAUGAAAGUGAAAACACUAAUCUUAAGAAGAAGGUACUUGAAAAGGAGACCUAUAUCCAAGAACUUUCUUGUUUGUUUCAGAAUGAAAAGACAAAUGCUUUGAAAGCAAGCCGUUUUUCACAAUCAGUAAAAUUAGUACAUGAACGACUACAGUUCCAAAUUCAUAAAAAGGAAGCAGAGAAUGAUAAAUUAAAAGAACACAUAAAGAUGUCUGCAGUCCAUGUUUCAAGACUGCAUAUGGGGGGUUGUUUUUUUUCUUCAAUGGCAAGAAGCUUUUGCCCGUCAAAGAGCUUAGAAACCAAAAUAUUGGAAUGGAACUUGCAAUUGAAAAAGAGUAAGCAUGAGGCUGUAGCGAUGAAAGAAUCAAGUAGGCAAAAAGCUAUAGCUCUGAAAAAGGCAUCUAAAAUUUACAAACAAAGGAUUGAACACUUUACUGGAGACAUGGAAAAUCUUGCUUCCCAAAUUAGAGAGCAGGAGGCCAGGUUGUCUGAAACAGUUUUAGCUUCCAAUGCCUGGAGAAGUCAUUAUGAGAAAAUUGUAAUAGAAAAAACUGAGUUGGAAGUUCAGAUCGAAACAAUGAAAAAGCAAAUUAUUAAUCUUUUGGAAGACCUGAAGAAAAUGGAAGACCAUGGGAAAAAUUCAUGUGAAGAAAUUCUUAUAAAACUUCACUCAAUUGAAUAUGAAAAUGAAACUCUGAAUCUUGAGAAUACAAAAUUAAAGACUACACUUGCUGCUUUGAAGGAUGAAAUUGCCUCUGUUGAAAAUGAACUCUUAGAAUUGCAAGAAGUAGAAAAACAACAGAAAACCCUUAUUGAAGUUUAUAAAACUCAGAUACAAAAAUUGCAAGAAGCAGCUGAAAUGGUGAAAAGCAAAUGUGAAAAUUUGCUACAAGAAAAUAACCUAAUAACAAAAAACAAAAAUAAAAAAUUAAAGAAGAUGAGAGGCCAGAUGGAGUCUCAUCUGAAGGCGUUAGAGCACGUCCGCGAUUCCUUGACGGCGGCGGAACAGAGGCUUCAUGAGUGUCACGAGAGUCUGCAGCACCACAAGGGGAAAUGUGCAGACCAGGCACACACCAUUAGGGAGCUUCAGGGCCAGGUUGAUGAAAAUCAUUGUCUUCUGACAAAGCUUUCUCUGGAAGAGGAAAAUUAUCUUAUUCAGUUGAAGUGUGAAAACCUUAAACAAAAAUUAGAACAGAUGGAUGCAGAAAAUAAAGAGCUUGAAAAGAAGCUGGCAAACCAAGAAGAGUGUCUUAAGCACAGCAAUCUUAAGUUUAAAGAGAAAUCUGCAGAAUAUACAGCAUUAGCCAGACAGCUGGAGGCUGCUUUAGAAGAAGGAAGACAAAAGGUUUCUGAAGAAAUAGAGAAAAUGUCAUCUAGAGAAAGGGCUUUACAAAUUAAAAUAUUAGAUCUGGAAACUGAGCUUAGAAAGAAAAAUGAAGAACAAAAUCAACUUGUUUGCAGAAUGAACAGUAAAGCACAACAUCAGGAAGUAUGUUUGAAAGAAAUACAGCAUAGUCUUGAAAAGUCGGAGAAUAAAAAUGAGAGUAUUAAGAAUUAUUUACAGUUUCUUAAAACCUCUUAUGUGACAAUGUUUGGGUGAAUUGUUGGGUUUAUUUUCUAUAAGUAAUAGGUUUUUUACUGUAAGUCUUAAAAAGUAAUUAGGUAACAAAUAUAUUAUCUAUUGCUAUACUUUAUGAUUUAUGGGUGGUACUAUUAGGGAUUUUAUGUAAAGAUUUUUGAAACAUAAUUUAUUAUCCAAUUGAAACUAAAACAAGAUACAUGUUAGUAUUCCUUUUUUGCUGGAUAAUCUUCACUUAGCUCUAGAUUAAUAUUUAAUUUGUUUUGGUUUUUAGAAUAUUUUACACACAGAAAAGAAGCCAGAAUCAUUCCUUGUGACUGUAGCCACCAUUCAAGUGAAUUUGUAAUAAACCUAGGCCAAUUAUGAACCAAAUACAUGAUUUAAAAUAAUGUACCUAAUUGUUUUACAUUAUGGUACUGUAUAUGUAUAUAUUACUAUAAUAAAGGAAAAUAUUCUGAAUAUUAUUUUUAAUAAUUAUAUAAUUGCAUACUUUCUAAAGGUACUAAAUGUCUCAGUGUAUGUAAUAUUGUUUCAAGUAUAUGCUAAGAUGCCAUUAUAAUUUCUGCGAGGUUUUAAAUAUCAAAUUUUAAGUCAUGGCUACUAAAUGCCAACUGACAGCGACAGGUGAAAACAUGUUGGCAUGCAUUGUUUCUUUAUAAAGAAUAGGCAUUUAGGUUCUCCUAUAAAUUCAUGGUCUCUUUUGUUCUUCAUCUUAUGUUAGUGAUUGUCUGAUGCUAUUAGUGUAGAAAUUCUGAAACCC